AUGGACUCCACGCUGCCUGUCGAAGCAGCUGUCUCACAUUCCGCAGACGAACUCCCGCCCGAGGCAAUCGCUCUAGCCGGAAGAUUUUUUGAUGCAGCCAGGUCAGGUCAGACAGAGAUCUUUGAGCAGGCUCUACCGCGUGGUCUGCCUGCAAACCUGACAAAUGACAAGGGUGACACCCUGCUUAUGCUUGCAUCUUACCACGGCCACGCCCCCUUGGCCUCCCUCUUGGUAAAGCAUGGUGCAGACCCCAACCGGCUGAACGAUAGGGGGCAGUCAAUCCUGGCAGGUGUCGUGUUUAAGAACGAGCCGGAAGUCAUCGAUAUCCUUUUAGAUGCUGGAGCCGACCCCGAGAUCGGGCAACCCACCGCACUCGAUGCCACGAGAGUUUUCAAGCAGGAAGCAUAUGAGCGGAGAUUCCAAGACCAGAUUGAGAAGCUGAAGGCUGCCAGCACGAGGGCCAUGAAUGGCAGUUCGUGA